GAAAAUGCUUGUCUGUAAUCGGUUAGCUUUGAUUCUGCUCAUUUUAUGUGGUGCUUUUGGUGCUGAGACAGAUGAAAUCAAGACAAUAUCAGUGAUGACUGGAGAUUCUGUAGUAUUACAUACUGGUGUUUGUGAGAUUUACAGAGAGAAGCAGAUACUGUGGCUGUUUGGACCUGAGAAUCCAGACACUCUCAUUGCUGAAAUCUACAAGCUGAGCAUCUCUAUAUAUGACAGUUAUGAGGGAUUUAAAGACAGACUGCAGAUGGACCAGCAGACGGGAUCUCUCACCGUCAGAAACAUCACAACCAGUCACUCUGGACUCUAUACGGCACAGAUUAUGAACGCGAUGACCACAUUUAAAAGAUUCAGUGUUAUGGUUUAUGCACCUGUCUCGUUGCCUGUCAUUGAAAGCAGCUCACAGGUCAACAAGUGUCUGAUAUCUGGUGGAGGUUUUUCUUCUGCAGUGAUGUGUUCAGCUGAGAAUGGACCAGGAGUCUCUCUGUCAUGGUAUAAAGGGAGAGAAAGACUGAAUCAGACCAGCAGCCCUGACCUCAGCCACACUCUGUCUCUCCCGCUGGAGAUAAAAGACAGAAAUAAGGAUGUGUAUCAUUGUGUGUCUGCUAAUCCAGUCAGCAACAAGACGACACGAUUCAGCUUUCAGGAACGCUGUCCACUAAAUACAGAUUCCAGUCACUCCUGUGGUUUUACUGAAGCUGUGAUCCGAUUGGUCAUCUCUGCUCUGGUGGGCGUGGCUACUGUUGCUAUGCUGUUUUAUUAUGUCAGAUCUGGAAAGAAGUAGAAGACAGCCCCUAAAUG